UUGUUAUGGUUGGGUAUGUAUUGUGUAUUGUUCCCGAAUCAUUGCUCGCACGAGGUGUCUAUAAUCGACGAAACGAAAGUGAAAGUUUGGAUUAUAUAUAAAGGACUAAAUCAAAGCUGUUUAGACCCUAAGUUAGAGCCAAUGGCUCAACAAAUGUCAGCAAAAGCUGUAAAGGCUAUGCUUAGGAAAGAGUGUAAAGCCAGAAUUGCUGCUAUACCAAAGCUAAUUAAGGAGUCCCAGUCUAGAAGACUAACACAAAUGUUUUUAGAUAUACCAAAAGUACAGGAGAGUAAUAGCUUCGGUAUUUACUUGAGUCGAGACGAUGAAGUCGACACAAAGGUCAUUAUACAGACUCUGUUAAAGCACAGGAAAGAAAUUUUUGUGCCCUUCUACAAAGGUGACACGAUGAAAAUGGUUCCUCUAAAUUCGUGGCAAGAUUAUGAAAGAAUGCCAGAGACCGCCUGGAAAAUCAAGCAACCAGAGGAUGGAGAAACACGAUUAGAUGCCCUAAGUUUAGGUGGAAUUGAGGUACUCGUUUGCCCUGGACUUGCUUUCGGUCAAAAUUGCUCUCGGCUUGGAAGAGGGAAAGGUUACUAUGACAAGUACAUCGAGACAUGUAAACAAAAAGGGUCUUAUCCAUUCAUGGUUGGUUUGGCAUUCAAUGAACAGGUGACAAAGGGCGAUCUGGCAUUGGACGAAAACGAUCAAUAUUUGUCUGUUGUACUGUACCCAAGCAUGCACCGAUAUGAACUACCUUCUGGACUGAAAGAGGGAAAGACCUUUAUAGAAAGGAACUUAUUUUAUACUUUUCCUUAUUGAUUCAUGCAAAUACAUAUUAUGAUUUUUAUUUGAUUAAAACUUGUGUAUGAUACGGAGUGUCUGAUUUAAAUAUUUAUUGUGCAUCAAUUCCAUCAAUGAAAAAUGUUUUUUUUAUAUCAAUGUUAUAUUUGAUGAAACAUCCUUCUUAAAAUAUUUUUUGACAAAAUGAGGAUACUUUUUUUUAGUAAAAUUCAAAAUUUUUUUUAAUAUUAAGGUACUUCACUACACCGAGACUUAUACUUUUUAAGACACUUUGUCACAAGAUGGCGAUUUUUAAAAAUGUUUUGUUAAACUGUUUGUAUCAAUCGAUUCAGAUGUAUAUCGUCAUAGCUCAGUGGUUAAAGUAUCAGGCUUGUGAACCGCAGGUCAUGAGUUCGAAUCCACCUGGGGCUUUUGUUUAUGUUUACUGAAUGAAAUUUUUGAAAAUCCAAUUCUUACCUAAAAUUGCACAUUCUUUUGCCUAUUUGAUAUAUAUACUUCUUAUCCAUCAUGCUUUCUAUCAUAAUCAAGCAAUUUUCUGCUGAUUUGAGAAACUAUUUCAAGGUGUAGUGAGACACCUUAAGGUUUUGCAAGCUUAAUGAUACCUGAAUGUCAGAAAGAGGACACCACAAAGGGGGCGUUUAUAGUGGAAAUAGCUCCACUUUUUCAGAAUGAUUAUUUACACACAAAAAACUCUAGGAAGACUUGCUUACUUUCAUAUAAACUUGACAAAUAAAAACUUCACUUUCAUAAAUAUUCAGAAUUCUGAAAUAUUUUUUGUCAAGUUUACAUAGAACUUAGAUAGAAUAAGAAAUUUUAAGAGUUUGUGUAUAGCUCACACCAGGUAUCAUAACUUUAUGGUAACCCCUGGGUCAGGCAAGGGAAAGACCUUGAUAAGGAUGGGAGAGGGAGACAGUGGUUCAAUUGAAAAAGAAAUUAUAUUAUUGUAGUAAAUAAAGACAAAUACGUGUACCAGUAUUAACUUCCGAGUAUUGUUAUUAUUUCAAAGUAAAGUGGUAUGGGACACUUCCAUGUUGUGACGUAUUAUUUAUCAAAAUAAAGAAUUACAUCAAG